GAGGAGGACACAGUGAGGAGGAGGACACAGAGAGGAGGACACACAACUUCUGCUUCUGGACGUCUGGAUGAGGAGAGAGUCACUGAGGAUGUCUGGAGAAGUUUAUUAAAGAUACAAAAAAAGUUCAAUAGAGGAUUUUCUUUUUCUCACUUUGCAAUUUGGGAACUUUUGGCACCGAGCGGCUCGGAUGGUGGAAGGAUGCCGGUGACAUAAGCUCACAUCUCCAGCUUUUCUCUCUCUCUCGGUGGAUUCAUCUCAAUGCAGAGCCUCUAACCCCGGGGACCGACACACCCGGUGGCCGGGAGCCCGAAGCCCGAAGCCCGCAGGACGCAGGGACCCGUGAACCCCAGCGGCGUGCCGGGAUGGUGCGCCUGCUGAACUGCCUGUUCCUGGGAUACCUGACCUGGAAUCUGCGGAUCUCGGACGCGCAGGGGGAGUACUGCCACGGCUGGCUGGACGUCAAUGGGAAUUACCACGAUGGCUUCCAGUGUCCGGAGGACUUUGACACCGCGGACGCCACCGUGUGCUGCGGCUCGUGCUCGCUGCGCUACUGCUGCGCGGCCGCGGACGCACGGCUGGACCAGGGCGUGUGCACCAACGACCGGGAGGUGGACAACACCGAGUUUGCAGCACAGCCCAUCUACGUGCCCUUCCUCAUGGUGGGCAGCAUCUUCGUGGCCUUCGUCGUGGUCGGCUCCCUGGUGGCCGUCUACUGCUGCACCUGCCUGCGGCCCAAGCAGCCGACCCAGCAGCCCAUUCGCUUCUCCCUGCGUAGCUGCCAGGGCGAAACCAUCCCCAUGAUCCUCACCUCCGCCCCCCCGAGCCUCCGGGCCCCGUCGCGACAGUCCAGCACGGCCACCACCAGCUCCAGCUCGGCCGGAGGAGGCAGCUCCAUGCGGAGGUAUUCUCUCGGAGGUCCGGGGCAGCAGCAGCAGCACGGCUGCCUGGUGUCCGCCACCGUCUCCUCGUCGGCCUCCACCCCCACUCAUACCCCUCAGACUCUGCCUCCACCUCCACCUCCCCCUUACACAUCCCCACCUGCACCCAUGUCAGGAGGCAUGCAGCACCAUCUGCCCCCCAACCACACCCAGCUGCAGCUCCACCAGCCCUCCAUGGCCUCUCAGGGCUUCCUCCUGCCACAGCAGUACUUCUUCCCCCUGCAGCCAGACGCCUUCUCAGCGGCCAAGGGCUUCGCCGACUUCGGACAGAGCUGACACGGAUCAGAGAGGGAUUACAAGAUAUCUAGAUGGUUGGAUGUGAACUGGCGAGGACAAACACACUGAAUCGCAGCUGGUGGUGUUUGGGUGGAAGGCCCAGGCCGUCUGAACGGACACAGAGAGCGCCACAGGAAGACGAGGGAUAAAGUACGACAAAGCUGCACGGCCUGAGGCGUUUCCCUCUUCUGCAUCACAGCACACAUCAGAGCUCAGCAGACCUGUUAGAGGCAACAACAGUGUCAAAACUUCUGCACUUUUAUCUUAUAUUGUAAACAGUCCUCACUGGCCUUACAUUUUAUUUUUUUUACAGGUUGUUCUUCAAGGUGACAGCUCAAAAUACAGACUAAACUCUUAAUCACAAACCUUCCUCUGAUAACUGAAAUACUGCACAGACAAACAGCACCAACACUGUCACUCUGAGCUCUGUUACAUUAUUAGAAAUAGAUGUUGGAAACCAGGGAAAUAUUGUUUUUUUUUGACAAUCGCAAUGACCUCUAAGUGAAGGGUGGACCUGACACACAGAGGACAGUAUAUUUUGGAGGAAAUGUGGACUUUUAUAAGAUGUUGUACAGGCAUUGUACCCAGAGCAGGGUUGUCAUAUUGAUUCCCUAAUUCACAGUGAAUAAAAUGUUGUCUCUCAGUACCCUGUUGUGCACUAAUGUCUGUUAAAUUACAUUUUGUUUGUGCUCUGAAAGAAGCCUCAUCAUCACUCAGACUAAAAAGGAAACCGGAGCGGUCGGGUCUGCACAGCGGCUCACUACCUGUCGCUCACUCUUGCGCCAGACUUCACAGCAGGAAUGCAGCGCUGAGAUCAGUCAUUGUCAGUGUUCAAUGAGCAUGGCAUGGUCACAGUGUUAAAAACAACUCGCCCCAGAAAUAGAGGUUUAGG